AGAACAUUAUACAGUGAGAGGCAGUGGGAACAGGAACCCCAAGAACAUUAUACAGUGAGAGGCAGUGGGAACAGGAACGCCAAGAACAUUAUACUGUGAGAGGCAGUGGGAACAGGAACCCCAAGAACAUUAUACAGUGAGAGGCAGUGGGAACAGGAACCCCAAGCACAUUAUACAGUGAGAGGCAGUCAAGCAGAUUAUUUGGAGUGGGCACAGGCACAUUAUAGAGACAGUCCAUACUGGUCAGAGACAGCUACACAACUAGAGUUAAAAUUGCGGCAGGAUACUAAAGACUAAUGAUUCACAUGAUUAGUAGAGGGAAAGCUUUUAUAAAUGAGUCACCCGCAGAGAUUUAUCGCAGGGAAGUGGGUGAUGCCCAGCUGCUGAUUCCCGUUGCUUGUGUCAGGAGGAGACUCAGGGCUGAAGGUUGCCAUACAUUAGAGCGGCUAGAGGGCCUGCAGCGCGGGCUGUAUAUUAGAGCUUAAGCCUGUGCCGGCUCCACAGCUGUACACUUUUGAAAACUCCCGCGUUGUUCUCCAAACCCUUCGCAGAGCUUGACCAUGACCUGCAGAGGGGCGGGGCUUGCUGGGGCAGACAGCUGAUCACUAGCAAACACCAAUGACUGCUUGCUGGCUUGGAACUUUCCGGCCUUAUUUCCUGAAGUAGAGGCAGUCCCAGAAGUGUUUGUAAAGCACCUUCCCCCCUGUACGCUGCUUGGGCUACGCACCUCCAGGAUGCUCUGUGCUGCAAAUGUAAAACAUCUGGGUAACGGCAGCCUCUCAUUGGCUGAAGAACUAGGGGUUGGGCUGGCGCUUUAAACUCGUGACGUCACUGGGCCGAGACCGCACCAAACUGCGGGUAGCUGGAGGGGGAGACUGAACUGAAGCUGAGACCGGCCGGAGAGGGGAAAGCUGGAGAUGUGCAAAAGCCUGGGGCAAGAGAAGAAAGAAGAAGCAGUAGAAUAUCCAUUUGCAGUGCUCUCCAAGGAUCUUCCCAGCUUGGUGCAGUUUUCUGCUGACCAGGAACCAGCCUGGCAUAUCAAAUGGAGGGGUGACCUGACUGAGACGGGACUCUGUAUGGAGAAUGAUUUGAGAACCCAGAACACAAGUGACCUUGACUUUGCAACCAUAUGAAGAGAAGAGCCAGUUGAUAUCCCCUUUUUAAUGGAAGUGUGUGACAGAAGGGAGAGCUCUUGCCGUUCUAAUGGUGGGCUAAGGAUUGUCCCUGAGGAUUGGCUGAAAUGCUGCAGGUCCAAUGCCCAUCCAUCUCCUGGGAAUGAAAUCACAAGAGAGAGAAUGACUUCGGAGGUGGAGGAUGAAAUUCGGCUUCUGACUGGAGGAGCGUCUGAGCCCUUUGUCAUUCAGGAUCUGUUGGAGAGAUUGCGGGAAAUAGAGGCAGAAAACACUGCACUUGCUCAAGCCAAUGAAACACAGCGAGAGACCUAUGAGCGCUGUUUGGAUGAGGUUGCAAACCAUGUUGUUCAGGCUCUUCUCAAUCAGAAGGAUCUGCGUGAAGAAUGCAUCAAGCUGAAGAAGAGAGUGUUUGACCUUGAGCGCCAAAACAGAACUUUAAAUGACCUCUUUCAUAAGAAGCUGCAGCUCUCCUCUGGAUCAUCCCCUGAGAUCCACCCCCUGCAGAUUCCAUUUGAUUCCCAAUCUGGUGAAUUGGAGAGGCUCUCUGGCUCGUUACCCUUUGGACAAUGUGCUGCACACAGAGAGGAGAACCAGCGCUCCAGCCGAGCCCAGUCAUCUUGCCGCUCUUUAGAUGCAAUGUCUCCAUUCCUCAGAAAAAAGGCUCAGAUCUUGGAAGUUCUAAGAAGGCUAGAAGCAACUGGAUCCCAGUCUGGAUCUUCCUGCACUGCCCCACCGUUUCUCCUUGGUCCACCUAUUCUCCUCGGUGGUGUUUCAACAGGGGGAAAUGGUCUGCGCUUAGGAUCAGACCAAGGUAUUGAUUACUUGAAUGGUGAAGGACUUACACCUCCAGAACUGGGUGGAGAUGAGCCUUGGACAUCUUGUCUGUUGUUAGCUCAGAAUGGGUGGGAGGAAUUGCUCAAGUGGAAAGCAGUUCAACGAGAACCACCUGCGGGGAGCCCAGGGGAGGGAGGAGGGGAGAGACUUGGUUUGGCUGUGGGUGAUGAUGCGCAACAGCUGGAACGACAGGCUGAGGGGAGCUCCUCCUCUUCGGAUGAUGACCUAGGAGAUACUCCACCCCUACCAAGUGAGUUAAGGCAACGGGUGCCACUGACAGACUUUGCUAAAGGCUUGGGUCAUUGCCUCUGCUCACAUGGAGAUAAGAGAAUGCCUGUUGAGGGCCACUCUGAUGGUUUAAAUAGGGGACACAUUGGGCAUCUUCAUUCACUGACAUGCUAUAGUCGUAGUUUGAGGGAUAUGGUAGAGAGUCCAAAUCCGCAGCUAUCAGUGACUCAACAAAUGGUUACCGAGAGGGGGGAUUCUUUGUCCUGGUCAUCAGGAAAACAGCCUGUGUUGGAUGGACUUGUCAAUACCUGUUCACCUACUUCUGGCGCUGCCAGUGUGCAAAGAGACACAAGUGUACUGAAUCUUAAGAACGCAUCCCUCGAUUUACCAGAUGAUGAUUUGCAAUCAUCAUCAGGAAUCCCUAACCCAACCUCUGUGGAUCCACAAGAUACACUCAUCUCUUCCUCUGAGCCUCGAACACCUCACAUUCCAUCUCCAGCAAAAUUUCUCAAGUUCCUUAAACUCCCAAGCUCAGGGGAAAAGUUACAAAACCCUAAUUCCUUGCGCCUCAGUCCACAACUUACUCAGUCCUCUAAGAUCCCAUGUAGAAGCAAUAAUUAUGAAUCAUUUCCCUCUCCUCGUUUGGGUAGGAAGGGAAUAGAAGAUGUACCAGAUCCCAAUACUGAUCAUGAACCAACACCCCACUCUGGUUUACCCCUUUCUGAACCAAACCGGCAAGGCCAGUGUGAGCGGACUCCAAACAGCAUGAUUAAAAGGCCAGAAGUGCAGUGUUGCACCAAAAAGUCACAUGAUUAUGAAAAUAUCCCACCUAGAACUUCAGAGCUUCCCACCACAAACCAAAUUAGUGAAUCCUUAGAAGUUUCUUCCCAUUUGUCUGGAGGAGUGUGCACUGCUAAUUGCACCCCAGGACUUUGCAUUCACUCGCAGGGUAAUUGUAGUGAGGACACGAAGAGUCAUGUUAGCGCCCCCUUUAUUCGAAAGCCUGUAGCUUCCAGAAAACCUCCAGAGACACCUGGACAUCUCCCUUUCCGAGAAAGGAUGGGAAAGUUAAGGGGAGCUGAUCCACAGGGAGGAGACAUUGCUGUAACAGGAACUGAAAGCAACAGCAUGGUGGAUGGUUCUGACAGUCGUCCUUCUAUGAAGCGAUCGGUUGGUGUUAGCAGUCUAAGAACUCCUGAACCUGGAUCUACAGAAAGUUACCCACCAAGAUAUCAUGGGCAAAAAGCAGAAUCUGCACGGACCCGUCAGCCUGGUACUCACUGUCCCCUUAGUUCUCCACAUGGACCCCGAACACCAGCCAAAGCACCACCUGUCCCUAACAAAUCUCCUCGUAGCCCACAUGGAAGCCCAACAAAACUACCCGCAAAGUCCCCAAGUAAGGCAACAGCCAAGCCUUUGAUAUCUCGGCCCUUAAGUGAAGAAGUAAGACCAGGCUCUCGACAGGCCAAUCAUGCAAGUGAAGAGAAGCAAAAGGCACAGUCAGCUGGGGCAGGUAAGAAGAAUGCCACCUGCUCAGAAAAUGCCUGUCCUCGUAAUGCAAGUCCACAGGGAACAGAAAGCCUUCCUCUUAGUGCUUUACAUUCUGCCAUUGAAGAAAAAGUGAUGAAAGGCAUUAAAGAAAACAUGCUGAGGCUGCAGGAACAACACCGCACACCAUCACCCGACCCAAAACAACGCAAUUCAAGUGGUAUUGCAAAUUGGUUUGGCUUGAAAAAGAGCAAACUCCCAGCAUUGAGCCGGAGGCCUGAACCUGGUCGUCUGAAAGAGGACAAAAGAGAGAGAACGACAGGAGGAGUGCCUCGCUCGAAGGAAGUUAAAGGGGAGAGCUUAAAUAUUUCCAUGCUCAUGGAGAAAGCAGAAGACCUACGAAAGGCUCUGCAGGAGGAGAGAGCUUACAUCAAUGGCCUUUCCAUCGAGAAAACCCGCUCAGCUGCUUCCGUGGAACCAACACCGAAUCCACGACCUCUGACUGCUGAUAACUUCAUGCAGCAGCUGCUAAAUCGAGUUGAUGGAAAAGAUCCACAAACUGAUGGCCAGGUGGAAGGCAAAGCACCACUCCGUGAUUUCCCCAGAUUAUCGCCUGAGAGCAAAGAGGCCAGGCCCUUCCGACCUCAGAGGAAUGGAAUUGUGACAUAUGUUCAGCGCUCCGAACAGAAGAGCCUCGAACAGAAAAGGGAGGUGGUUGUCCCUCCAGAUCCUGGGAGGAUACCAGAACCUAUCCCUUCUCAGCACUUUGCAGCUUGUGACUCUCUCACUCGAACUCUGGACAGCGGGAUCGGCACCUUUCCUCCACCUGAUUAUUGUGGGGGUACCCCAAAUAAAGGCACCCCAAAAUUAAAGCCCCGACUAGAAUCGCCCUCUGUUCUCCCCAUGGGAAGGUUUUCUGCAUUCCCUAAAGUGCCAAGGAGAGCAAGGACUUUAGAAAGGGACAUCCGGGGCGUGGAGGAAAUGUUCUCAUCUGGACAGCACCAGAGUGUCCCAGCCUUUCAUGCACUGCUGGCAGAGCCAGAGCCACCAAUGGGACACCGAGUGUAUGUGGAAGAUUCUAGCAGGGAGCACAGCCGGCCGCAGCAGGGCAAGAACUGGACAUUUCCCAAUGCAAAGGUCAGCACUAAUUCCGCAGAUGGCUUCCGGUCCAGAAACCAUGACCUUGAGGAGAUUCCUUCAGAAGGGGACAGAGACUGUGAUGUGUCAGGGUAUGCGCACCCCUCCCUCUGUUUCCUUGGCAGCGUGAGCAGCCGCACCCCAAGUACCUCUGAGGUUGGGGAGGAGGGAACAAGUGAAACCAAAUCUCGUGACAAUGAGCAGUGCCAGACUGGGUUGGAGAACUCUGAAUCUCUGAGUGACUCUCUGUAUGAUAGCUUAUCAUCCUGUGGGAGUCAAGGCUAACUGCCAAAUCCUUUUACUCAACCAGUCACCCAUAACAACUCUAAAGACAUGGCUGGGCAGUAUUGGUUGCGUGUGGGUGCUAUACGGAGCCCUUGUCCUUUUUCUAUAGCAGUGUUUGUUGCUCCUCUAGCAUUACCUUGAUGUCAUCGUUCUGAGCUUGAAUAGUACCAAGUAUUAACAACCAACGGAAGACGUGAUCUCGCUAGCCUUACAGGUACAAAUCCCUCUGUCCCACAGGACACUUGUCCUCUUCUCUGCCUCAAUCUCUCGGACAGUUCUCAACAUGCUCUGCCUCUGUUUCAAUAUUUUUCUUAAAUUGGUUCCCCUUUUACUAUGCAUUGAUACCACCAGCAGAUUGGAGGUCAUUCAGAAGAGGAAAACUGGCGAAGGGGAAGUGACGGGUUUCUCUAAUACCUCACAUGUCUGGUUCUCUGCUCAAUCUCCCAGCAACCUGUGAAAGAAUCACAAACAUCCCAUCUCCAGUUCAUGUUGCUCUGCGUGUGGGGAAGUUUCUCAGAUGGAGAGCUUGAAACAAGACACUUUUUUUCUUUAUGCUGCAAAUCUGGAAGUCUCCAUGAUGCUUAGAAAGCUUUGGCCAGUGUGAUCAGAUGUGACUAUUACGCGUUCCGCCUUGUUUUAUCUAGUCUCAUCUUGCGCUCUUUGGUUUUAUUGUGUACCAUGUUUAGUUCUUUCCAUUCCUAUACAUUUGUGUUUACAUUGUAUUUUUUUUUACAUGUCCUUGCUCUAAAUAAGGUGCUAACCAGGAAAAUUUUCCUUGUCAGGUUCUCCUUCUCUUUUUACUAUUGGUAUUUUUUUUUAAUUAUUUUUUUUAAUACAAUGCUUUGAUUUUAUUUAUAUAAGUUAUUGUGAUUUUUGUUUUCUGCCUCACUUCCUUUUAAGCUCAAAAAUAAAAAAAAAAGUGGGCUUUUUGCAGCCAAACCAAAGCUUGUGUGGUGUGCUCG